AUGAAUUCCGACAACAAGCCCAACUUCCUCUCCCAGCCCGUCGUGAAGAACAUCUUCAUGUACAGGAACGGCGACCCUUACUACGACGCGCGGCGCAUAGUGAUCAACGAGAAGCGAGUGGGCAACUUUGAGACGCUGCUGCGGGAGGUGACGGGCGGGGUGCAGGCUCCAUUCGGCGCCGUGAGAAACAUCUACACCCCGAGAGGGGGGCACAAGGUGGAGAGUCUGGACCACCUGCAGAGCGGGGAACAGUAUGUGGCCGCCGGGAAGGAAAAGUUCAAGAAACUGGACUACACACACAUCGGCACCAAGAAGAAGAAGAUGCAGAUGUCCCAGAAUCUGCCCGUGUCGGCAAAGUUUAUUCCGCAGAGGCGACUCAUGGUUUCCGCAAGAUUUCUCAAACCCAUCAGGGACCCAUGCCCGAUAUUCGUUGUAGCCAAUGGAGACUUGCUGAACCCGGUGAUACGGCUGUUGAUUCAACAGAGAAUGCAAUCCCCGCUGGAAAAAAUAAUGGAGAUGAUCACUGAGAAGUUAGGCCUUAGAGUCCUGGGGGGUGUACGCAGUCUGUACACGUUUGAAGGCCAACUGGUGACUGAGUGUUCCCAGCUGGAGAGCGGUCAGUUCUACGUGGCUGCUGGGAGAGAGAAGUUUAAGAAAUUGCCCUACAGUGACCUCAUUUUCAGCAAACCCAGAGGCACCAGGCGAGUCAACGGAUCAAAAUCGUACUCCUUACCUCCAAUUUACAGAUUCUCAAAGCAAAAUGGGAACGGUAAAUCCAGCGGAGGUGGGGACUCCAAGGUGACCCCGCCAGGUCACUCCAGUGACCCCAACAAGGACCACAUCUCCUCCAUGGUGCGGGAGAUCUCCCAGGCCCGGCUCAUGUCCCUCCGGAGGAGGAAGAGUGGCUCUGAGUCUCUGAGUGUGUCCAACAACGAUGACACAGGGUCAAAGGUCGACGAUGGGGACCAGCCAGCCCAGAAUGGAGAAGAGUCCAGUGGAGACUUGACCGAUGAUGUCAAGGAGACAAAAGAGGAAAAGGGAGCAGGAGCAGUAGGAGAAGGAGAGAAUGACGUGAAGGCAGGAGAGGAAACCGGGGCCAGGCCAGAUAGCAACAGCAGCAACAGCAGCAACAGCAAAGGCAACGGCGUUAGCAACAGUAACCAGGAAGAGGAUGAGACCAAAUCGGACGAGGGGGCCACGGAGGGGUCAAGAGGAGAGAACAAAGAGGAGAGGGAGGAUAAGGCAGGGGGGGGGGAGGGCGAUCCAGCCCCCUCCACAGACGCCAAAGAGAAUGGAGAGGCCGAUGAGGGCGAGAAGGAGGAGGUGCGUGUGCAUGUGCAUCAGUGA